UGGUCUUAAAGGUGCUGCUGGACGCAAGCUUUGUUCUCACAUUAUUUAAGUAAUUCUUGGGAUCCUCAUUCUUGAAAAUUCUAGUCUCUCAGGAGUUGUUGGAGUGUGAACAUGGAAGGCAGAGAUUCACAGAAAGAUCCUGGGCUCAGGAGAAGAAAGGAGCUUCACACACCACCUUCUGAUGGGACUCAAGCCUCUUCUUUGAAGAUCCACCGGUGGAAAAUCAUCCUGGGGGUUUUGAUGCUGGGAAGCCUUACCCUGAAGCUGGUUGUGACUGUUAUCAUUUUGUCAGGUUCUCAGUGCAAUCAUACAUUGAAAGAACCUGAAGGCCUAUGGAAAAACCAGACUUCAAAAAUCUCAACAUUUGUGGAAGAAAAGGUCCCAGAACGAGGGCUCUGUACUCCGUUUCAAACCUUCUCAUAUGCCAAUGUGAUUCUCGACCGAGACUCAGCUUCUUCUGGACUCAUCAUUUAUCCUGAUCAGAAGAGUGUAAAGCUGGAUUCUCUACCGCAAAAUAUACCUCGCUUCCAAGACAUAUAUCAUGCCCGUGCCUGCGUGCGAGGCCAUGAGGGAUUCACCUCUGGACAACACUGGUGGGAGGUGUGGGUGAUGGCAGGUGAAGUCUGGUCGUUAGGGUUGGUCAGAGAGUCUGUGUACAGCAGUAACUUUGUUCCUGACUUGAACUGCAUGCCUUGGCUUAUAGGAAAUUGUGUGGGUGACUGCCCAUAUCCCUCCCUUUUUCACCCAGCCUUCAAGGUGGGGAACAUCAAGGUCUUUCUGGACUAUGCAAAAGGUCUGGUAGUUUUUUACGUUGAUAAUAAUUUAUUUACCACGGUACUUACAACCAGUUUCUCUGAUGAGAAAAUCUACCCUGUAUUCUGCUUGGGAGUCGGGACACACCUUCAGCUGUCGUAUGCAGGGCAACCUUUUUACUGGCUUGGUACCAUUUACACGGUGCCUUGGUAUGAACCCACGGGAUUUUCUCCUUGAACUGUUGUAAUUCCUCACUUUUCCCCACUGGCAUCCCAUGGGUUUUUUUUGCAAAAUGUUUGUUUAUGGUGAUUUUUAGGAGCUCGUAUUGCAAUAGCGACACAAACCUUGUGAAUGAUUGAAGUAGAGCUGUUGGCUCACCUGGCUUGGAGGUGUGGUUUCUGAUGUGGCUGGUGACAUGAUCUUUCCUUUCUUCAUCCCUCGCCCUCUUUGCCACCCUGCUCUCCUUUCCUAUGGAAUCCUUGAAACAACCCACUGUAAAUUUCCCCUUCGCAGUAAAGGAGCUUCUCUGGAGUUGAGGCAGAAGGGGUUGUGAGGGUGGGGAGAGAUGCACUAUUUUCACUGUUUGCACUCUUUCAGUUUCUUAUUUUUGCAGUUAAGAACAUAACAACAUAAGAGAAGCCAAUGUUGGCUCAGGCCAGUGGCCCAUCCAG